UUUCAAACGCCGACUUCUCUAUUCAUAAAGCGGACUACAUUCAAAUCAACUUAAACAUCGUGGGCUACGUGCGACAUCACUACCGGCACUGUCGACUUUACUGUGCAUCACCCUGACCACACAGUAAUUUCAGUCACUGUUGGUGACUUUGCCACGUGAGCAAUUCGGGUGGGUACCAUUGGGUGGGCGAUUGGCGGGCAGCAAAAAUAACAAUUACUAAGGCGGUGUUAAGGUUGUCGCCUGUCGCCUGGGCAGCAAGGGUUCAAGGAUUAAGGAUUUUCAAGGGUCCUGUUUUUACUGGAAUCCACCGGGGUCCCUUUCACUGCAGCGUUUCAACAAACUCGGUGUGCGCCUCUCGCAUCUUUCUCAGCUUUGCGACAUUUUCAAUACCUCUAUUUUUUUUACUCUUUUACUCAUUUCAUCGAUAUUAAGCAAGAAAUCGCGAUUCCGAUAAUCAAGUUCAUCUCUCAUUUAUUUUUUUAAACUAGGGUUUUUCGUUAUCUUUUCUUCAUCGAGAUACCAUGCGCGGAAGCGCCGUUUCUUCGGCAGCUUUCACCGCGCUCAAACAGCCCCUUUCUAGACUUGGCCGUGCCCAUUUAUCCACUACAUCAUCUCACAGCAGCUCCGGAGCUCGACUCGGAGGUAACAUUCGCAAGGCCAGCACCGUUCCGCACAGCGUCAACCAUUUUCCUCAUGGCCAUCAAUUCGAGCCGGGUGUCAUUCUGAAGGGAUACUCUGGUCGAGAGUACACUAUCGAAAAUGUUCUGCAGGACAGACAAGACCGUCAGGUCUAUCUCGCCAGAGCGAAUGAGAAGAUGUUCGUUCUGAAGAGUUUAUUCGAGAAUGAAUAUAACUAUGCGCUUCCUCUACAGCUCAGGUUCAACCAUUCGCCUUACUUACGCGCGCUCCGGGACACUGUCCCGGACCAGAGAAUGUUCGUCAAUGAGUACAUGACGGAUCAUCUACUCAACUUCGUCUUCAAGGACCUGUCUCUUCCCAUGCAGAAGCGCGUACUCCGAGAUACUCUUCGAGGACUCGCUGCUUUGCACAACCAGAACAUCGCGCAUUUAGACAUUAAAGCCAACAACAUAAUGAUCGACUACCGCGAGACUCCGGAGGGUCUCGUCGUUGACCGAGUCCAACUGUCUGACUUAGAAGACUCAACUCAUAUUCCGCCUGGACAAGCUCUUCGCGGGCUUCAGGUCGGUAACCAAUUCUGGCGCAGCCCGGAGGCACACGUUCAGGGCGCAGUGGGCAAGCCCUCGGACAUAUUCUCCUUGGCGCUCGUAUUCGUAUUUAUGCGCCUGAAGAUGGUCAUAUUCCGGAUUGACAGCGCGCCCGGCGUCAAUCUGCUGAAGCCCAUUAUCGAACGCCAGAUUUCUACUUUCGCCGAGUGGGAUGACUUCGAAUCCUUCAUGGAUUACCUAGGUCGCAAACAUCCGUGGGCUGGCGAGCUGCGUCGCAUGGCUGACUCCUUCGGUACCGAGAACCCGCGGCGGCCGUUCUCGUUGUGGAAGAGCGAUGCGCUCGACCCCGAUUUCAAGGAUCUCAUCAAGAAGAUGACCAACUUCGAUCCCCGGCGAAGAAUCACGGCGCAGGAAGCCCUUGAUCACGUCUGGUUUCACGAUGUUCCAGAGGCGUAAAUUGGCCUCUACUUUUUCUUUCUUUUUCUUUUUCGAUACUACGCUUAUGC